GGACAUGGAUCACCUGCUGAUGGUGUUGGUGUUGGUGUGGAGCUCAGGAAAAUGCGACUCAACAGGUGUUCAGUGUGAAACUACAGCUGAGGUUGACAUUGUGCUGUUGGUGGAUGGCUUCGGGAGCUUUGACCCUACCACCUUUACAACCAUCAAGUCCUUUUUGGCUAGACUAGUCAGAGCCUUUGACAUCGGCCCGGACAAAGUCCAGAUUGGUAUGGUUCGGUACAGUAAUGUCCCAAGGACCGAGUGGAACCUGAACACCCACCAGAGCAAUAACUCCCUCCUGGAGGCCAUAGGUGAUCUGCAACAGGAAGGAGGAGGCACCAUGACAGGACUUGCUCUGGACUACAUCCUCCAUAACAGCUUUGACGCCAAUGUGGGAAUGCGAGCAGACUCCCAAAAAAUAGCAGUCUUGAUCACUGAUGAAGAGUCCACCGAUGACCCAUUCCUUCCCUCAAAGAACGUGAAGGACGCAGGCAUUGAGGUCUACGCUAUCGGUGUAAAUGAUGCAGAUGAGACUGAGCUGCUUUCCAUUGUCUCAGAUCCUGAUGAAAUUCACAUGUAUAAUAUAGUCGACUUCUCACUCCUGUCCAUCGUUGACGGCCUCACUAUCAACAUCUGUAAUGGCGUGAAUGGCUUAGGAGUCCGGGCUGCAGGAAAAAACAUCUUAACAGGUGUUCAGUGUGAAACCACAGCCAAGGCUGACAUCGUGCUUUUGGUGGACAGCUCCUCAAACGUCCUGUUUAACUUUAGAACCAUCAAGACCUUUCUCACUGGGAUAGUCAGCGUCUUUGACAUCGGCCCGGACAGAUUCCAGAUUGGUCUGGUUCAGUUCAGUGAUUUCUCAAAGACUGAGUGGCACCUGAACACCCAUCAGGACAAAUAUUCCCUGCUGAUGGCCAUAGCAAAUCUGGAACUGCAAUAUGGAGACACCCUGACAGGACCUGCUCUGGACUACAUACUCCAGAACAACUUUAAACCCAGUGUGGGAAUGCGAGCAGACUCCCAAAAAAUCGCAGUCUUGAUCACUAAUGAAGAGUCCGGGGAUGAUGUACCCCUUCCCUUGCAGAACCUGAAGGACGCCGGCAUUGAGGUCUACGUUGUAGGUGUGAAUGAAGCCAAUGACUUGAAGCUGAGGUGGAUUGCCUCAGAUCCCAGUGAAAGUCACGUGUACCAAUCUUCGGAGGACUUGCUCCUGGACUUCAUCAACAAACUCACCAUCAACAUCUGUAACAGCGCUAAUAGAUUAGUCUUUUUUAGGCUGGUAAACGGGACUGAUCUGUGUUCAGGACGACUGGAGGUGAAGUCUGACCAGUCGAACCAGUCGUGGUCCUCAGUGUGUGAAGAUGACUUUGACCAGCAGGAUGCAGAGGUGGUCUGUAGGGAGCUGGGCUGUGGGGCUCCUUCAGUCCUCCAGGGGGCGCUCUAUGGAGAAGUGGAGGCUCCAAUGUGGACCAAAGAGUUCCAGUGUGGAGGUAAUGAGUCUGCUCUCCUGGACUGUAGAAGCUCAGACUCUGAUAAUAACACCUGCUCAUCUGGCAAAGCUGUUGGACUCACCUGCUCAGAGCCUUUCAGGUUGGUGGGAGGAUCCAGUCGCUGUACUGGAACACUGGAGGUGAAACAGAGAGACUGGAGACCAGUGGAUGGCUCUGACUGGACUCUGACGUCAGCAGUUGCUUUCUGUAGAAACCUGAACUGUGGCUCUGCUGUUUCAGCAGGAAGGAGAGAGGACUCCUCCAACAGAUCUGCAUGGAAGAUCAACUUUGACUGUGUUCACUCUGGAUCUGCUCUGAGAGAGUGUGGAACAUUAUUGUCCUGGUCUUCCUCCACCCUGGAGCUCACCUGUUCAGAUCCAGCAGCUUUUAUCAUCAGACUGGUCGUCCUGCCGCUGAUUCUGCUGUUGUUCAACACUGUCAUCUAUUUCAUCUUUAAGACCACCAGAGGGAAGAAGCCAGGCCCACAGGAGAACAUCGAGGUGGAUUAUUACAACCUCAGUGUUUCCAGAACUGAAGGAGGAUCAGCUGAAGAGGAAGGAGCCCAGGCAGAAGAGUAGGACCUCCAAAGAGCUCAUCUCACAUCUAAUUAGAUUUCUCACCUGCCAAACAACUGUCCAUCAACUCUGAAGGGAACAUCUGUUUAACUGUCUAAAAUCCUUGUCAAACUGCCAAAGGAAUGACAGCAGGAAGAGAUAACAACAACAAACAAUUCUACACCUCAGCAUUCAGUGCUAAUGUAGGCAGUGUCACUGUGCAGGGGCAAGGCGGCAAGUAGGGGCAUGGAGGUCAGUGUGGUGGAUUGGCAUGUAGCGUGUCUGACGUUAAACCAAACAACGCCCACGUAUCCUUUACCUUAUUAACCAAGUUUUUAAAAUUGCCCAAAGGACCUCUUCUUGGCCUCUGGCUCAAACAUCUACUUGAAAACUACAUGCCCCAAAAUUAUAGUAUAGUAUAGUAU